AUCUACGUAGUGCAAAGUUCAAGGUUAUGCGAAAGAAAAGUCUGCUCUGCCACUUGUUGCGUGCCGGGGUUAACGGCUACUGGUCACGUGGGCAUCGUUGUUUGAAAUUGGGCCACACGAUAGCCACACGGGAUGUAUGUCGUAAAGAUAGACUCCGGUCCCCAAAAACACAAUUACGGGCAUAUUGUGUCACUGUUGACCGGAUAGCAGCAGUUGUCUCGCCAGCCGUGACCUGCCCUCAUCAUCACGUGUAGUGUUUAGUCGAGUCAUCAUCGGUUAUAUAUUAUAAGAUACUAUUGUAGUGUUAAGCGUAGUUGUCUUGUUCUAUUUCGUACCUACUUUGUAGUGCAGCACUUCUUGGUGCCCUGUGUUCCCGAGGAUGUCAGAAGAAGAGUUAAGUAGAUAGAAUUACUUUAACUUUUACCACUGUGUAUGUUACAAGUUAUGUUGAAGUAUAUCACUAUAUUUUUGACUCGCAGAAAUUAAUUUCUGCGUGUAAUGUCUGCAUUUGUUUGGUUUGUAACUUGACUGCACCCAGUGGCGUAGCGUGAAUUUUGUGACAGGCAGAUUUUGGUGACCCCCUCCCCCGGGGACGACUCAUCUGAAUCGUCUGGAUCUGAUGACGGAUGAGAGAUCAAUAAGAUAUUAGGACGAUCGUAAUAUGAAAACAAAAAUUACGUAAAUACAAAUACGUCAGAUUUUUGUGCUAUCAAUUUCCGGAUAAGGUGUGUCCAAACCAAGCGAACCAAAUAGUCCGGCUACGCCUCUGGGUACAUUAAGCAGUGUUUGAUUUAUGGUGGGUGUAGGGGUAAUUUUCAUGUAGGCCUACUUUUUUCUUUGAUGACAUUUAGCUACGAUUAGUGCCGCCAGGGGAGGUUCAAGGUUUUAGGCGCCUUCCCUAUGAAAAAAAACACUGGAGUUUCCGAAAAUGCCGCGCCUCAUAAAUAGAAAGAAGUGCCACCCCGGGCGGACCGCGCCCUCCACCCCACGCUUCUUACGCCAGUGUAUCUAUCUAUCCAUCUAUCCAUCCAUCCAUCCAUCAUCCCACCCACCCACCCUUCCAUCUAAUCCAUCUAUCUUGCUAAACAACAAAACUAACAUUCCAUCUCAUUCCUCCAGUCGCCAGAGUAUCAGACACACCCCCGCCAAAUCCAACUACGACCUGGGUGUGGAGGGCCUGACCCUCGACGAUGUCACCCCGACCACGGCCACUGUGUCAGCCAGGCUGCAGCGCCAGGGACCCCAGACCGACCCCCUGGUCAUGCCCAUCUACCACUCCAGCACCUACGUGGUCAAGAAGAUGGAAGAUAGCAUUUCCGGUAUCGUAGAAGUAAGUAUCGAACUGAAACAAACUUCUCUCGUACGAUUCUGUUCUAAGCGCAACAAGUUCCAUGAUACCAUUACGUCCUCUACACAUAGGCUCUGGUGUUGCGACGCACAGAAAGUAAACCGAAAAUUACUUUUAAAUCAGGUUUUCCCACUUGAUAAUGAGUCACAAAAUUUUGACCUGGAAAUUUUCAAAUGAGUCCUUUACCUUGCCGUAUAAUAUUGCGACUUAGUUCUGCAUAGAUUUCAUUUUUAGGCUUUUUAAAUUAGUAUUUGAAGAUCACAUAUGCCCCUUUACAUCAAAAACUAAAGAAUAUCACCAUUCGCAUUCGCAAUAAGUGUUUGCAGUUGCUUGAGCAAGUGACCUAUGUAUUAGUUCCUUUAAGUUGUAAUGCAAUGUAUAACAUCUUUAAACUCCUAAACCCAGGAAAGUUUUAGGACAAAGCGUAAGUCAUAGAACGGUAACACCUUCCGCUUGAUAAGGGCGCCAUUUAAUAAAGGCAAAAUUUGAUAAGGACAAAAUAUGAUGAAGGCAAAAAUUGAUCAGGUGAAAAUUUGAUAAUUUGAUGGGAAAAUAUGAUUAAGUUAAAAUUUGAUAAGGGCAACAUUUUAUGAAGGCAAAUCAUGUGUGGUAAUUUGAAGGCCCAGAAAGAAAUAGUUCUAUCACGCCAGUAAGGCUACGAUGUGUGAUUUCAGAGUACACCGUCUGAGGACUGUGGCUGCCACACUCUACGGACUGUGGCUACCACACAAACUACGGAAGAGAUCUCUACGUAAAUGAAAUGUAAGGACAAGGUAUGCUAAAAGUGUAUGACAAGUAACCGAGCGCAGUAAAAUAAACAACAACUUAAUAGUUUUCCUUUUGUUGCCGGUCUAUGAAAUCAUACUAGGUUUUAACCGCAUUAAAUCAUACUAGGGUUUAACCGCAUUAAAUCAUACAAGGGCUUAACCACAUUAAAUCAUACAAGGGCUUAACCGCAUUAAAUCAUACUAGGGUUUAACCGCAUUAAAUCAUACUAGGGUUUAACCGCAUUAAAUCAUACAAUGGCUUAACCGCAUUAAAUCAUACACGGGCUUAACCGCAUUAAAUCAUACUAGGGUUUAACCGCAUUAAAUCAUGCAAGGGCUUAACCGCAUUAAAUCAUACUAGGAUUCAACAGCAUUAAAUCAUACUAGGAUUUAACCGCAUUAAAUCAUCCUAGGGUUCAACAGCAUUAAAUCAUACCAGGGCUUAACCGCAUUAGAACGCUAGAUUCAAUGCUCUCUAAGCCGACUUUUUAGCACCUCACUAGCUGACUCAUUCCAUCAAAAGAUUCAAAUCAUUUUAUUCACCUUGAAAAUAAUUUAAAAAAAAAAAAAAGAAAAAGCUACCGGUGAAAAAGACUUGAGACCCGCUCUUGUUAACCUUAGUUUACUUGCACUGUUAAUAUGUUCAUUCAUCAUCCUCCACCCAGCCCCCCCCUCCUCCGCCCCAGCAACCCCCAACCCCUCUCUUCUUCAGAAAUCGUAUUCCAUAUGCACGUCUUAGACCUGCGUACACCCGUAACAUUGACGUUGUAAGUUCUUGUGACCCAGUCAACUAGUCAAAGUGUGCAUUGACUUUAUUAGAGCCACAUGUGCGUGCGUGCGUGUGUAUGUGUCCGUGUGUGUGUGUGUACCCUUCUGGCCCCCUUGACUGACACACAAUUCACCAACGUAACAAACGUGACGUACACAAAUUAAGACUGUUCCUUAAAGAAAUCUCUUGCUUAUAAGCAGUUAAGUUUUUUUUUUUUUAAAUUUAUUUAUUCAAUUAAACAAAAAAAAUGUUGGUAAAGAUGGGCGUGGUUGAUUAUGGCCACAUCACCGGUGAGCAAACUAGGUCAAUCUAUUUCAUAACAUCCAAUAACAACUUCACUUUUCUUCUUUAUGUCAAUUUUCCAGAACAGGUCGUUUUUUAAAUAUUUUAAAAAAAAAUUAAAGCGAAAUAAAAUAAGUAUUGAAAGAAUUAACAGUAAGUUCAUCCAAAAGAUUUAAAAAAAAAGAAAAGCCGACGACAUUUUAAAAAAUCUUCCUUUUAGCCAUCGCGAUGUUUGAUGUCCCCUUAAGACCGUUAUUUGAACAGACAUGAAAAAAAAAUGAUUAAAAAAAAAUUAAAUUAAUUUAAGCCCAUUCUUAAGAGACAAAAUAAGAUUCGCGGCGACCGAGUUGUUUGUACUUCUUGUAUGAAGAUGUUCGACGCCGUGUUUUUACAAACGCACCGUUUGAACUCCACACCGCGGAAAAACGGCCCCUUUUGAGGCCUUGUGUGGAGAUGUUUGUACUAAAAUUGGUGGUCCCGCAUUUUUUCGUUAUAAGUGGUUAGAGAAGACGUUUAAAAAAAGUACUUGAUAGUGGGUGCAGGAUGGGGUGAGUGGGCGCAAGGGCCACUUGAAAAGUGCACCUAGUUACACUAAGUAAUAACUGCUACGACUGAUGGAUGUGUAUCUCCUUCACACGCAUCACAACUGAAGCAGACAUUCAUUACAAUUACAUCCAUGAUAACUGUCACAAACGCUAAAAGACAACUGCAGCAGUGUUGAGUAUUGUGGCUGAAAUUGAGAUACAGAUUGUGAGUAACAUUAGCUUAAUUAUCUACGUCCAUUAACUGCACGCCACUGUAACUCACUAGCUGAGUCCUCCUGGUCCACUCCACAGCAACUCACUAGCUUAGCCAUCCUUAUCCACUCCACUGUAACUCCCAAGCUGAGUCCUCCUGGUCCAUUCCACAGCAGCUCACUAGCUUAGCCAACCUUGUCCACUCCACUGUAACUCCCUAGCUGAGCCCUCCUUGUCCACUCCACAGCAACUCACUAGCUUAGCCCAGUGAGAAAGCACUGCUCCGUGUCAUGAAUGAUGUUCUUUGUAGUGCUGACCGUGGCGAUCUGACAAUUUUGGUCCCGUUGGAUUUCAGUGCUGCUUUUGGUGUGAUUGACCAUGAGCUUCUUCUGUCAAGACUUUUGAAUGAGGCAGGCAUUUCUGGAACUGCACUUCGCUGGUUUUAUUCUUAUCUGAAGUAUUGUAGUGAAGCAAGCAUCUUCCAUGGACACUUCCGUUACCUGCGGUGUGCCACAGGGAUCAGUUUUAGGACCUUUUCUGUUCUCCAUGUACACAAGCAAGCUCGGCAAAAUUAUUGAAAGUCAUGGUAUUUCCCGCACAAUAUUUGCGGAUGACACCUAACUCUACAAGUGUUUCCGCCUUGAUCCCUUGGCGUGUGCUGCAGCUGUUCACGCUGUCACACAUUUUUUUUUGUAUCAAAAGAAUAAUGUCUUCCCCAUAUCAUCCCAGUUCGAAUGGGGUGGUUGAGAGAUUCAAUAGCUCUCUUAAACCAAUGCUGCAAAAACUAGCUGUGAGAGAACCCAAUAACUGGGAUAGAUUUAUAAGUGCAGCAUUAUUUGCCCUUAUAGAAGUGCCAAAUGAAGCCACAAAAUUUUCUCCUUAUGAAAUGGUUUAUGGACGUUAAGUCCGAGGCCCCAUGUCCAUCAUGAAACAUUUAUUUACUGAUGAUUUCAUAAAUGGAGAAACAAAGACUGUAUACGAAUAUUUAUUGGACAUGAGAUACAGGCUUCAAAUUUCAACAGAACUGGCGCUCUUCAAUAAUGAGAUCUCAAAACUUAAAAUGAAAGAACAUUACGACAAAAAGACUAUCUCUAAGAAUACUGAAGUAGGAGACUACGUACUGCUACUUAAACCUAAAAGACAUAACAAGAUGGUCUUUAUUCUGGGAUGGGCCAUAUCCAGUUAUUCGACGUACGUCUAAAUUAAUGUUACCAUUAAGAAAGGUAUGUCUCCCAAAACCUAUCAUAUCAACAGAGUGGUCAAAUAUCAUGACGUCAUAAGGAUGAAACAGUGACUCCAGAUAAUAACAUACACAUACUUGAGGGUUGCAUGGCUUCCAUCAUUACGGAUGAUGACUUGGACGAAGAAAGUGAUUUAAACAUUACUUCUGACAUUACAUCUUUACCAACCUUGACUUACAAAGACAACGACAAACUCAAGCAAAUCAGCAUUAAUCCUGAUUUGACACCAUGUCAAACCGACGACAUUAAUAGAUUACUAACAACAUAUGGUGACGUCAUAUCGGACAUUCCAGGAAAGGCAAGAGUAGAAGAGUUUGAAAUCAAAGUAACAUCCGACAAACCGAUAGCUUUAACACAAUACACAGUCCCAUUACAACAAUACACAGUCCCAUUACAACAAUACACAGUCCCAUUACAACAAUACACAGUCCAAUUACAACAAUACACAGUCCCAUUACAACAAUACACAGUCCCAUUACAACAAUACACAGUCCCAUUACACUUGAGAGAAAAAUUGGAUCAGGAAAUAAGAAAUAUUUUAGAGCUGGGGAUCAUUGAGGAAAGUAGAUCACCUUAUGUCGCCCCCGUUGUAUUGGUUAAAAAAAAAGUACGGUUCUAUUCGCAACAGCGUGGACUAUCGCAAACUUAACACCGUUACAGAAUUUGACGCCGAGGUAAUUCGUAACCCAUAGGAUAUUUUCUCGGCAUUAUAUGGAGCCACACAUUUUUCGAAAAUAGAUCUUACUAAGGUGUUCUAGCAGAUUCCUAUAUCCGAAGAUAGCAAGUCUUUCACAGCUUUUAGAGUACCGUUGGGUCAUUUUCAAUUUUGUUACUUGCCAUUUGGUCUAAAUAACAGUCCCUCUAUCUUUGCCAGAGUUAUUAGAACACUUUUGAAGGACAUCGACAAUGUGUUUUCCUAUUUUGAUGACAUUUGUAUUCAGACUCAAAUGUGGGAGGAACAUAUAGAAACCUUACAUAAGGUUUUUAUGAAAAAAAGGGAGGCAGGAUUUAUGGCAAAACCUAACAACUAGACCGUGGCUUCUCUAAAAUUACCUUUUUAGGGCACAGUGUGGGAAAAGGGAAUCAAGGAGCCGAUCUAGAUAACAUUGAGAAAAUCCUCCAAUUGAGUACCCCUAGGACUAAGAAGGAAGUGAGGAGCUUGUUGGGACUUGUUAAUCAUUAUAACCAAUUUAUUCCUAAAUUCUCUGAUAGUGUGCAUCAUUUGACAAACCUUUUACGAAAAGGGGCAUCUUCAAAAAUUGAUUGGUCCCCUAAAUUCGAUGGCGCCCUGAAAAGUAUUCAGACACAUCUGGCCAGUGAACUCAUUCUUAAACUAUCCGAUCUCACAAAACCAUUUACUCUCCAAACGGACGCCUCAAAUAUUGGUAUUUCUGGUUGUUUGAUGCAGAGGUUUGAAGGAAUACUUCAUCCCGUCAGAUUCAUAAGUCGAAAACUUUUAGCGAGAGAGCAACGUUAUUCUGUUAUUGAGAGAGAGUGCCUGGCAAUUGUAUGGUCUGUACAGCGGCUCUCUAAAUUUUAUAUGGACAGGUCUUUGAACUUCUCUGUGAUCACAAGCCGCUGUCAUUCCUACAAAGCGCAAUCUAUGGCAACUCACGUAUAUGUAGAUGGGCCCUCAUGCUGCAAGAGUAUAGUUUCACUGUGCAGCAUAUCAAGGCAACUCACGUAUAUGUAGAUGGGCCAUCAUGCUGCAAGAGUAUAGUUUCACUGUGCAGCAUAUCAAGGCAACUCACGUCUAUGUAGAUGGGCCCUCAUGCUGCAAGAGUAUAGUUUCACUGUGCAGCAUAUCAAGGGUUCUGACAAUUUUGCUGCAGACAUACUAUCUCGAUUGGUUUGAGAAAACCUUAUACAUGGCCCAUGUUAGGCCCAUUCAGGCCUGGGACAAAAAAAAAAGAAAUAAACUGUGCAUAUAUGCUAUUAAUUAUUAAUGAUUGUUUUCUUGCUCAUGAAAAUAUUGGUGUUUAGUAUCAUUUUAUGUGUGUUGAAUAACAAAUAUUAAUAUUGCGUUAAGAAUAACAUUAAUUAUUAAUACUAAGCUUGUAUAAUCGUUGUUCGUUUUUGAAUUAAUUUUCAUGGUAAUAACACGAUCAAAUUACAUUGUAUUCUUUCUAUCGAAUAAUCAAUUUAAAUUAUAUUCCAUAACUUUAAAUGUAUCAUGUUUGGCUUUGUCUAUGUAACAUAGCACUGAGUAGAGUUGUGUACAGACACUACAUUCCUGUACCUGAGACAGGUGUUUUAACUUGUCAAGGCCGAAUAAUGGAAUCCUUGUGUAAGAUAUCCUGGUGAUGGUUUCAGAAUUUAGUUACCUAGGCAGUAUCUUUAGGACUUAGCAAUGUUUAGAUCAGUGGUUCUUAACCUUGUUGGAGUUACUGAACCCCACCAGUUUCAUAUGCACAUUCACCUAACCCUUCUUAAUAGGAAAGAUCAAAUAUGUAUUUUUUAAUUAUUUUUUUUUACCUCCGCCGAACCCCUGAGGCUGACUCACCGAACCCCUGGGGUUCGAUCGAACCCUGGUUAAGAACCACUGGUUUAGAUGCUACUGUUUUGAACAUGUCUGAGUAAGGGGGGGGGGUGAUUAUGCGAACCACUGCGAUAUUGGGCGACGCUUGGAUUUUGGACAAGAGGGAGAUUUGGAUCUUGUCCGAGGUUCGAAAAUGUUGGGAAAUUACCUGAACAAGCUACGGUAAUCACGACGUAGAGGUCGUGAGCUUGUCAAGGUCAUUCCUAAGAGAACCAAAAAAAAAAAAAGGUAGGGGGGGUGGGGUGUUGAGUCCGUAAAUUCCUUGGUUAGGAAGCAAACACUCGGACCUUCUGAGGUUGCUCAGUCAGGAAGCAGACACUCAGACCUUCUGAGGUUGCUUGGUCAGGAAGCAAACACUCAGACCUUCUGAGGUUGCUGGGUCAGGAAGCAAACCCUCAGACCUUCUGAGGUUGCUUGGUCAGGAAGCAAACACUCAGACCUUCUGAGGUUGCUCGGUCAGGAAGCAAACACUCUGACCUUCUGAGGUUGCUCGGUCAGGAAGCAAACACUGGGACCGUCUGAGGUUGCAUGGUCAGGAAGCAAACACUCAGACCUUCUGAGGUAGCAGGAUCGUUUCGUUUUGCUUCGAUCGAGGGAAGUAGUCGUUUUGGAAUGGUGUAUCCCGAGACACCUGCGAGUCGUUGAAGGAUCUCGCGAGAUAGUUUUUGGAAGGUGAGUGAUGCUUUUUACCUGAGAUGCUAGAGCUGAUGGACGGCCAACUCGCUAGAGCUGUCGGACGGCCAACGCGCCCCUUUAUCGGUACAAGUGUAGGUGAUAUGUGCAAGACUUGCGGGGGUAAAGGUUCUGAUGUCACUGUCACACGAUGUCACCGACGCGUGCCUGCAGACAAACGGCGUCACUACACCAUGGACGCGCUGUCAAAAUACCUUCCUAAAUUCACCUGAUAACCACAUCCGCACUGUUAAUGACUUGGAGCUUAUCAAACCACCAGAGACCCUGACGUGCAGCGCAAUAAUCGAAACAAGGAAGAACUGACCGUUGCGUUGGCUCGCGACUACCGUAUGACAUACAAUGUCCAGUUAGAAACAACAUGUGUGGACAUAUUCGCCGACUGAAUGAUUAAAAAUUAACGGAAUUACUAAAUGAAAAUGAGAUCUCAGUUUAACAGAGUGUAAAGAAUAUUAACACCACGAAAAUCAAUUAUUCAAUUUUAGCGGUCAGAUUUUGUUGUUGUCAGCUGAAUAGGUCACGUGGUUGCUCAAACCGAAUUCUUUCAGUUAUUUUUUUUCUUCCUCUUUCUUUCAACACAGUGACGUAACCAAAUGGAAUUCUAAAAAAGUCUUUGUGUCCUAAAGAGUGUUCCCUUCUGAACCAUGGCUUACUGUGUGUUAUAGAUCUAGAUAUCUAAGCGAUUACUUUUUUUUAAAUAUUCAGAUUGCGCCAAUAGUUAAGCCAACAAGCGACCUGGCUACAGAACAGGUCCCGAGCGGUCUCUCCCCCUGCCCCCCCCCCCGGGCGCUGAAAGGAAAGAAUAGCAACGAAAUGAACUGUUCCUUAAAAUUGUUGAAAGGGUCGUGGCGUAGUCGCUGGUUAGAUUUGCUCUCAAAUUAUCAUUCUUAUUUUAGGGUGUUUGGGGGGGGGGGAGGGGGGUCGGGGGCUGGGGGGAGGGACGAUGACGACAUCUAUCAUUCUAUGAAUCUGUGUUAUAAAGCGAGUUUUGAACCAAUUCAUUCCAAAUCUCGAUUCCAUAGGCCCAGAAGUGGACCAAGGCGUUAAACACGUACCAGCGACAAUUCCANCCUCCCCCCCCCCAAGGUCUGCUUAGAAUUGAAUUGAAUGUAUGAAUGAAAAGACUACCGUGGAAUUUUUGAGCGUCAGCCACAUGGUGCAUGUAGCCUCGGGCUAGGUAGAAGGAAGCAUUUUCAAUGACAUAAAGGGAAGAUAACCUCCACACCAACAUGGUAAAAUUCAUAUCCAAAAUCUCGAAUGAAAAUGUAAAAAAAAAUGUAGGGCUAUAUCUUGUGUAAAUUUAUGCAACGAUAAAUUUAAAGCGAUGGCUCCAUCUUGUUGUAAGUUGAUAUCCCUUUGUCUUGACCUUUGUCUUGACCUUUGGCCGAUGAAAAUUAGGGUGUGCUCCAGUUGUUUGUUUGUUUUUUCGACAGAAGAAAGUAGAGCGAGAAAUCCACGAGGAAUUCGGGGACACUGGUGUGGUAAUUUAAUGAACUAAUCUCUAGAACUGUUGGGCCUUUUAAAUGUGAGGGAGUUGACUUAAACGUGAGGGAGUUGACUUAAAAUUGAUGGAUUUGACUUCAAAUUGAGGGCUUGGACUUAAAAUUGAGGGAUUGGACUUAAAAUUGAGGGCUUUGACUUAAAAUUGAGAGAAGUGUUUUAAAAUUGAAGGCUUUGACUUAAAAUUUAGAUAAGUGUCUUAAAAUUGAGAUAUUUGAAUUAAAAUUGAGAGAAUUGUUUUAAAAUUGAGGGAUUUGACUUUAAAUUUAGAGAAUUUACAUAAAUUGGGGGAUUUGAUUUGUAAAUUGAGAAAAACUUGACUUAUGAUUGAGAGAUUUGGCCUAAAAUACUACGGGAACAAACUACCUCUUAAGGACGUUGAAAUGGAACUUUCAAGCAAAAAAGCACACAAAACGAAAAUACAAAUAUUUAUUUAUAGUUGUACACGCCACGGUAGCAAUCGGUGCUUUUGUCUCCACUUGCAAGCGCGCAGUAGUCUCCCUGCCAGGUACUUGGCUCGUCAUUAAAACGCGCAGUUGUCCCCUUGCCAGGUAUUUGUCUCCACUUUGAAGCUCCCAGUUGUCUCCUUGCCAGGUACUUGGCUCGUCAUUAAAGCACGCAGUUGUCCCCUUGCCAGGUAUUUGUCUCCACUUUGAAGCUCGCAGUUUUCUCCUUGCCCGGUACUUGGCUCGUCAUUAAAGCAUGCAGUUGUCUCCCGGUCAGGUAUUUGUUUUUCUGCCAGGCACUUGUCUCCACCUUGAAGCGCGCACUAGUCUUCCUGUCAGCUACUUGUUUCCCGAAGCGCGCAAUUGUCUCCCCGCCAUUGCUGGUGUCCCAGUUUAGGGGUUCACUGCCCCCCUUCCCCCAUAUCUUUUCCUUAAUGUCAAAACGCUCUCCAGUCGCCUCCAGACUUUCGGUGAUUUAAAAGAACGCAUCGGAAAAUUGAGAUUUUGUUAAACUCCCCAUCUCCUUCCUUGCAGGGCGCCCCCAUCUACUCUAGACUCUCCAACCCAACCACAGAGGCAGCAGAAGCCGUCAUUAACGCCCUUGAAAAGGGGGCGGGAUCACUGACAUUCGCCAGUGGCAUGGCGGCCACGACGUCCAUCUUCUUGGGGUUUCUGAGAAAAGGAGAUCACGUGGUAAGCACUGAACCAAUCAGAGGGUCAUAUCCUUGGCCAAGGGGUUAAAAAUGCAUUACAGGAGACUGGAUCUUUGAGUUGUCUACAAGUGUUGGGAGGUUGGUACAGAGUGCAGAGUGCUGGUGGGACGGGCGGGGUUGGUAUGAUGGCGUGAACAAGGUUGGUCACGUGGGAAGUAUAGACAGGGGCAGUCUUAGGGGAAGUAUGGACGAGGUCAGUCACGUGGGAAGUAUGGACAAUGUCGUUCUUUGGUGAAGUAAGGACAAGAAGAGUCUUAGGGGAAGUAAAGACAGGGAUGGUGAUGACAGACGUACCGACUUGGUCAGUCAUUGGAGUUUUUUUGGGUUUGGUCAGUCAUGGGGCACGUAUGGACAAGGCCAGUCAGGGCUGAUCUAUAAACAGGACAUGACAUGGUCAAGCUAGGGAAGCGACGGGGCAUAUUGAAUAGAUGGGAAUCAAUACAGUAGGGCAGCGAUGAUCGGGUAAAGUAUCGAUCUCCACCGAUAUCCGCAGAUCCACCAGAUCCCGGUGUACCCUGGGACGGCGACGGCGCUCAAACUGCUGAGGGACGCGUACGGAGUGGAGCUGUCCACCGUCAAGAAUGUCACGGUGGAGGAGGUGGCGAAGCUCAUCAAACCAAACACCAAGGUAACGCCCAUCCUUUUAUAAAGUCUUUCAUACUUUGUCCUAUUUUUUUUUUUUUUUUUUUUUAUUAAAAAAAAAAAAAAAAAAAAAAAAAAAAAAAAAAAAAAAAAAAAAAAAAAAACUGGUUUCGUUUCCAAUAGAUAAUGCAUUUUUAGUUUAGCCGCCAAUAAAGUGGCACUUUGGUGAUUGCGGUGCAAGUCGGCUGCAAGGUUGGUUUUUUGGUGAAAGUCCAAACAGCGAUUGAAACACAAAAAUGAAUGAAUAGCGUUAGCUGCUCUUUGGGUGUUAACCCUUUGCUGCUCCGGUUUCAGCGUGGACCAUACUUAUGUUGAUUGUGUAAGAAAACGAUGAGAUGCAAAUGUUGUAGCAUUACAUACACUCGAGUAUGGAAGGUCGUGUAAUUACGGGGGGUGAUACUCCUCGUACCGGUACUCCAAAAUGACCGUAACAACUUAAGCUGCGUCCAGUCUCGGUCAGUACGGGAAUAGAUAUCGGUUACCCCUACGUGACCGUGAUGACCUGGCGCAUUAGCCCGAGCUGGUCACGUGACAUAAAACCAUGGUCCCGUUUCGGUCCGGUAUCAGUUAAUGAUACCUAUAACUGAAAGAAUGGAUGGACGGAUAGACAGACAGAGAAACAGACAGGCAGACAGAUAAAGGUGACGAAGUGGAAUAUAUCGUUAAAAGAAUAGAGACAAGUGGACAAAAGAAAAUGAAAAAAAAGAGCGAGUGGGGGGGGGGGGGAACUAAACUAAGUAUACAACAUAAGGUUUGCAUUUCUGUAGAACAAACUAAGAAAAAUAAGCAGUGAGAUAUAAAGAAAAACCUAUAACAUGCAGUGAAAUAUAAAUAGAAACCUAUAACAUGCUGUGAAAUAAUAGAAACCUAUUACAUGCAGUGAAAUAUAAAUAGAAACCUAUAACAUGAAAAAAUAGAUUAAAACCAAAUACUAUGACAUAUUUCAAUACGCCAUAGAGAAAUAAAAUCAUAUCUCGAAUACUACCAUCACUGUUAAGAUGCCAAUAUCUCUGAAGUUGUCUUACAGUCAAAUAUCAUUUUGUUCUCUUCUUCUCAUCUUCAUCGAUGCAGCUGUUGUGGAUAGAAACACCGAGUAAUCCUGACGCUGCCGUGGCGGACGUCGAGGAACUGACCAAGCUGGCGAAAUCAAAGGACAUUCUGGUCGGCGUGGACGGCACGUUCGGCAGUCCGGCACUGCAGCACUUCAUGCCCCUGGGCAUCGACUUCUCCAUGCACAGCUGGUAGGGACGAGUUGCAUUCUUGAAUCGGUGUUGAUGAUGCCUAGUUGGCAUUUUAUUUUGUCAUAGGUGUUGGUCGUUAUAAAGUUGUUUUUUGCUGAUCCCACCAAGAGAUUACUGACCCCAUCAAUAGAUUACUGACCCCAUAGAUUACUGACCCCAUCAAUAGAUUACUGACCCCAUCAAUAGAUUACUGACCCCAUCAAGAGAUUACUGACCCCAUCAAUAGAUUACUCACCCCACCAAUAGAUUACUGACCCCCUCAAUAGAUUACUGACCCCAUCAAUAGAUUAAUCACCCCACCAAUAGAUUACUGACCCCCUCAAUAGAUUACUCACCCCAUCAAUGUAUUACUGACCCACUAAAUAGAUUACUCACCCCACCAAUAGAUUACUCACCCCAUAGAUUACUGACCCCACCAAUAGAUUACUGACUCCAUCAAUAGAUUACUGAUCCCAACAAUAGAUUACUGACCCCACCAAUGGAUUGUUGAUCUCACCAAUGUGUUACUGACCCCAUCAAUAGAUUACUCACCCCACACAUAGAUUACAGACUCCAUCAAUAGAUUAUUCACCCCCUAAUAUAUUACUGCCCCCAUCAAUAGAUCAAUCACCCCAUCGAUAGAUUACUGACCCAUCAAUAGAUUACUCACACCAUCGAUAGAAAUAUACUGACCCCAUCAAUAGAUUACUGACCCCACCAAUGGAUUGCUGAUCUCACCAAUGUAUUACUGACCCCACCAAUGGAUUGCUGAUCUCACCAAUGUAUUACUGACCCCACCAAUGGAUUUCUGACCCCCACCAAUAGACUACUGAUUCCACCAUCGUUGGAUCUUAAGACUAAUUUAAUUAUUAUAAGGUUAAAUCAGGAGUGGGGUGGGCAGCCUGCGGCCCGCUGAAACGUGUAAUGGGGCCCGGACGAAUGUGCGCAAACUGUUCUCGUAAAAUGUAAACUGUUCUCGUAAAAUGUAAACAAAAAAAAUUGAAUGUGUGUAUCUAUAAAUGCCUUUGAAUUAUUGUAAACACAAUAAACGAUUAUAAACAAAUAAUGAUAGUAACAAAAAAAAUCAACAGCUCAUUCCCGAGAUGAACACGGACCGAAAUGUUGGAAUCCUAGUUUCAUGGAAGUAAAUGACAUAUGUCAAACACAUAAAUAUGUCAUACGGCCCGACAAAAGAUCAUUUACCUUCGGUCGUCUGCACAAAAAAAAAAAAAAAAAAAAAAAAAAAAAACAAAAAAAAUCAAAAGCUCAUUCCCGAGAUGAACACGGACCGAAAUGUUUGAAUCCUAGUUUCAUGGAAGUAAAUGACAUAUGUCAAACACAUAAAUAUGUCAUCCGGCCCGACAAAAGAUCAUUUACCUUCGGUCGUCUGCACAAAAAAAAAAAAAAAAAAAAAAAAAAAUUGUCCGACCCUUUAAGAUUGAGUAUACUUUUUUAAAACUUGCGCCAUGGGUGAGGUUGAUUGAACAGGUAUGUUUUCAACUUGUCAUCUCGCCCCCCCCCCGAGCGGUUUCAGGAAUUAACAACAAAACAAGAUGAGAAGAAAAAAGAUAAUGUCCGUCACCGUGUACGAAUUUCCACAUGUUAAUCUUUUAUUUUUUGCAUUACACAUCGGAGUCAAUGUGUAUUAGGCCACUUUCUAUCUUGCUUUCUACCUUUUAUUAGACGGUCAGCGGCGAAGCCAGGGUAAGUGACACAAGGGGAGUGCCAAGAUUUCUGAGGAACCCCCCCACUUCCACGAUAAAAAAACAACCCACCACCGUGCGACGAAAAAAGCGCUCCCCCCCUCCCAUGUCAAAAAACAAGUCCGGACCCAUCCAUUCCCUUACUCCGCCAAUGUGGACUAGGUUUUCUACUCUACCCGCUAUCUGGCCAUUUAUUCCACUCUACCCGCUUUUAAAAAAAUUAUUCGACUCUACCCGCUAUUAGACCAUUUAUUCUACUCUACCCGAUAUUAGACCAUUUAUUCUACCCUACCCGCUAUUAGACCAAUUAUUCUACUCUACCCGCUAUUAGACCAUUUAUUCUACACUACCCGAUAUUAGACCAUUUAUUCUACCCUACCCGCUAUUAGACCGAUUAUUCUACUCUACCCGCUAUUAGACCAUUUAUUAUAUUCUACCCUACCCGCUAUUAGACCAAUUAUUCUACUCUACCCGCUAUUAGACCAUUUAUUCUACUCUACCCGAUAUUAGACCAUUUAUUCUACAUUACCCGCUAUUAGAACAUUUAUUCUACUCUACCCGCUAUUUGACCAUUUAUUCUACUCUACCCGCUAUUAGACCAUUUAUUCUACUCUACCCGCUAUUUGACCAUUUAUUCUACUCUACCCGCUAUUUGACCAUUUAUUCUACUCUACCUGCUAUUAGACCAUUUAUUCUACUCUACCCGCUGUUUGACCAUUUAUUCUACUCUACCCGCUAUUUGACCAUUUAUUCUACUCUACCCGCUAUUUGACCAUUUAUUCUACUCUACCCGCUAUUAGACCAUUUAUUCUACUCUAACUGCUGUUUGACCCUUUAUUCUACUCUACCUGCUGUUUGACCAUUUAUCCUAUUCUAGCCGCUAUUAGAACAUUUAUUCUACCCUACCCGCUAUUUGACCAUUUAUUCUACUCUACCCACUAUUAGACCAUUUAUUCUACUCUACCUGCUGUUUGACCCUUUAUUCUACUCUUCCUGCUGUUUGACCAUUUAUCCUAUUAUAUCUACAAUGUGGUCAUUUGCCAUUAUUCUAACUGUAUUCCAACCAUGAACACCCCCCCCCCACCUCGUCUCCGUUGACAGCACCAAGUACAUCAGUGGACAUUCAGAUCUGAUCGGCGGAGUCGUCACCACAAGAACCGUUGAGCAGUGGCGUAUCCUCAAACACAUCCAGGGAACAUUUGGAAACAUGUUGGUAAGUGGGUCCCUACGUUGGUUGGAGUUUAAGACUUAAAAAAACCAAAAACAGCAACUCACCCGUCCGGAAGUCCACUCUUAUGACUUAAAAAAAAUACAACACCGAGCAUUGGGUAUGGGGAAAAUUUGAAUUUUCAAAAAAAAAAAUUGUCUCCAAUUUAUUUUACGUCAAAUUCCAGAACAAUAACGAUUAUUUCGUUUCAUUGUUUACUGGAGGAUUCUCUCAAUAGAAUCAGUUCUAGUAGAACAACGUUUCAGCUACCAUAUUAGUGAAGGCUUUGUGAAUGUUUCUUUGCAGAUGCUAAUGUGUCUGUCCGUUAUUGUGUCAUAAAUAUACGUGAAAAGUAAAUUUUAAUUCAUUUGAAUUGUGACUUCAUACACUUUUGUUCUGAAAAAUAACCAUUCAAUAUAUUUUUAAAAAAAUCAUAAAUAUCAAAUGUUUUUGAAGAAUAAUAGAAAAUUCACCUGAAAAGUAUAAUUGAAAGUUUACAAUAUCUCUCUAAAUUUAAAAGACGAUUUGACAUAUAAUUUAAAAUAUAUAAAAUGAGCCUGUUCUUUAUACAAUGAACUCCAUUUUCUCCCCCAGUCUCCCCAUGACGCCAGUCUUGUACUCAGAGGUCUGAAGACGUUGACACUCAGGAUGGAAAGAACCAGCGCCAACGCCCUGAAAGUGGCGACCUUCCUGGAACAACAUCCAAAGGUCAGUAGCAGAGGCAACUUAACGCCUUCCUGAUGUUCAUGUCAUUGGUUCGAAGAAGGCAUAUAGACAUACGGGGGAUGCCUGUCGUCACAACUGUCCUAUGUAGACAUACUGGGGGUGCUCCAAAUGUUUGUAAAGCAGAGUAGCCUGCCCUUGGACGCCUCCCACUUUUUCUCCCAGAAAAUAAAAGCGUUUUUUUUUUCUUUCUAAGCGGUCGUAACGCAGAGUUACGAUCGCACUCAUGACCCUUGCGCAUGUUCCCAGGUGCAGCGUGUCAACUACCCGGGGCUCAAGUCUCACCCACAGCACGAGAUCGCCAAGAAACAAAUGUCGGCGUUCAGUGGGAUGUUGAUGGCGGAGAUCAAGGGCGGAGAAUACGGAGGGCGCACCGUAGCUGAGGUAAGCAGAUGAUGGGAACCACCACCUCGGGGAAUUCUUUACCUACACUGUAGUUAUACUCUUAAAAUGAAAGUAAACAGUAAACUUUUUUGUAAAUAAGAUGGGACGAUGUUUUCAGAUAGUCAAUUCCCUGUUUAUUAAAGAUCUUAUUAUCAACUCAUGAAGAACAAAAGAAACUAAAGCAAACAGAAUCCAGACCUUUAUCAACUGAUCCCUGAGAAACUAUAUGGAAAAUAAAAUUGUAUGAUAAGAUUGAAAACAUCAUGUUGUGUGAGAUGUGGGGACAGCAAGCAGUAGAGAAGCAAAUCCAGGAAAGAAAAGAGGGACACACACCCCCCGGAGAGACACCAACAACAGGGCUAGACAGUCGUUUUAAGGGAAACCCCAGGGCAAGACGACGCUGGAGAAGACCCAAGAGAACAAGGAGGUGCAUUGUGCUGGAUGAGGCUGAAGGAACAUGGAGGCGCAUUGUGCUGGAUGAGGCUGAAGGAACAUGGAGGCGCAUUGUGCUGGAUGAGGCUGAAAGAAAAUGGAGGUGCAUUGUGCUGAAUGAGGCUGAAGGAACAUGGAGGCGCAUUGUGCUGAAUGAGGCUGAAAGAACAUGGAGGCGCAUUGUGCUGGAUGAGGCUGAAGCAACAUGGAGUUGCAUUGUGCUGGAUGAGGCUCAAAGAAAAUGGAGGUGCAUUGUGCUGGAUGAGGCUGAAGGAACACGGAGGUGCAUUGUGCUGAAUCAGGCUGAAAGAACAUGGAGGCGCAUUGUGCUGGAUGAGGCUGAAAGUACAGGAAAGAGCUAGGAUGAAAUUUAAAAAAAACUGGCCAGAGACCCUGUAAUGCGGCAUACUGUGAAAGAGGCCUUAUUUUCUACAAUGAACUCAAAGGACAGAUGGUGAUGAUCAAAUCACGGCUUCUAUGGGCGAAGGAAACUGGUACUAGCUGAUCGCAGAUAGAAAACUUAGGUUCCACUCCCUCCUCCUUAUCCAAGUGAGUUAUUAUAACCAUAGUCCAUUAAAGAAUUAUAAGUUGCCCCGUCUCAGUGUAAACAUGGAUGAGUAGGGACCUAAUUUCCCGUGUUGUAUCAUUUGACAGAAUGUUGAGAAUAAGAUAUGUGUUGUAUCAUUUGACAGAAUGUUGAGAAUAAGAUAUGUGUUGCAUCAUUUGACAGAAUGUUGAGAAUAAGAUAUGUUCUGUAUCAUUUGACAGAAUGUUGAGAAUAAGAUAUGUGUUGUAUCAUUUGACAGAAUGUUGAGAAUAAGAUAUGUGUAGUAUCAUUUGACAGAAUGUUGAGAAUAAGAUAUGUGUAGUAUCAUUUGACAGAAUGUUGAGAAUAAGAUAUGUGUUGUAUCAUUUGACAGAAUGUUGAGAAUAAGAUAUGUGUUGUAUCAUUUGACAGAAUGUUGAGAAUAAGAUAUGUGUAGUAUCAUUUGACAGAAUGUUGAGAAUAAGAUAUGUGUUGUAUCAUUUGACAGAAUGUUGAGAAUAAGAUAUGUGUUGUAUCAUUUGACAGAACGUCCGAAUCAUCCGUCUCGCUGUAUCACUGGGCGGGACAGAGAGUCUGUUGGAGCAUCCUUACAGCAUGACCCACGGGCCCUACCUGCUGUCACAGCAAGAGACAGAUGAUGGUGGCAUCACCCCGGGCAUGUUGAGAAUCAGGUAAUGGUGGCGUCACCCCGGGGCAUGUUGAGAAUCAGGUAAUGGUGGCAUCACCCCGGGCAUGUUGAGAAUCAGGUAAUGGUGAUAUCACCCAUUACUCCAGGUGUGUUGAGAAGUGAGUUACGGUGGCAUUACUCCAGGUGUGUUGAGAAGUGAGUUACGGUGGCAUUACUCCAGGCGUGUUGAGAAGCGAGUUACGGUGGCAUUACUCCAGGUUUGUUGAGACGUGAGUUACGGCCGCAUUACUCCAGGUGUGUUGAGAAGUGAUUUACGGUGGUGUUACUCCUGGUAUCUUAGAAUUAGAUACUGGUGGCAAUUCUGAUUUAGUCCACCAAUUAUUUACGAUCUGGAUCGUUAAAUGCGUGUGGACGUCAUUGGUGACUAUGACGUGGAUCAGUGGCGUAGCGAGGGUGUUUGGCGCCCGGGGACAAGAUUCGCGCCCGGGGACAAGAUCCAUUUUUAGCGCCCCUUUUUCUUUUUUUCAACUCUAAAACCCAUUAUUUUCAUCAAUAAAAUAAUAUCAAAGCACAUUUUGGCGCCCCUAACUAGCUGGCGCCCGGGGACAUCUGUCUCCCCCUGCCCCACCACGCUACGCCUCUGACGUGGAUACUGGUUUGUUUUUUUUGGACGUCACCAUGACUUUGACGUGGACUCUUGUGGUUGGAAGACGUUACUAUUAAAUUGUUAUUUAAAACAGGUCUGGUUUCCAUUCUGUUAAAAAUGCGAUUCGAAUGGAUGCUGUAAGAUUUCCAUUACGUAGCAGUAUAUUUUCCUGACCUAAGACGUCAUAGUCAUGGCUAUUUUACCGUAAGAAGUAGGCCACACCACUGACACUUUGAAGUUGUCUACUUCAAAUACAAUCUAUCAAGCCCAAUGUUUGUAACAUUUUAGCAGAUUCACCAAAAACGUCGCCAUAAAAUAACUCUUUAAUUUAAAGUAAACUAUAUUUUAAAUUAAUUUAUUUUCUCCAGACUCCGAAAACUCUGAAAGCAAUUCUGAAAAAUUGAAUACACCUUGUGAAAUCUAAAGCCAAACUCGUUUAUAAAAAACGCCCGUCACUUUUGACGGAAACAUAUCUAGUAUCGUAAUAACAUUCAUCGAAUGUCUCGUUUAACCCAGCCUCUCUUCUCUCUCUCCUCAGCAUCGGCCUGGAAGACGCCGAUGAUUUGAUCAAAGAUUUCGACCAGGCUUUGGCCAAAGUGAUACUUUAGUCGUGUGUGAUCAUAUUUGUUUUAGUUGUGUGUUUGUUUGUGUGAUCAUAUUUGUUUUAGUUGUGUGUUUGUUUGUGUGAUCAUAUUUGUUUUAGUUGUGUGUUUGUUUGUGUGAUCAUAUUUGUUUUAGUUGUGUGUUUGUUUGUGUGAUCAUAUUUGUUUUAGUUGUGUGUUUGUUUGUGUGAUCAUAUUUGUUUUAGUUGUGUGUUUGUUUGUGUGAUCAUAUUUGUUUUAGUUGUGUGUUUGUUUGUGUGAUCAUAUUUGUUUUAGUUGUGUGUUUGUUUGUGUGAUCAUAUUUGUUUUAGUUGUGUGUUUGUUUGUGUGAUCAUAUUUGUUUUAGUUGUGUGUUUGUUUGUGUGAUCAUAUUUGUUUUAGUUGUGUGUUUGUUUGUGUGAUCACGCUAUUCUCUGCAUCAAGAUGACCUACUUUCGAACUGUAUCCCUUUUUCAAUAGAACCAUUAACCGUCAGUAGAUAACGAUUCCUCUAUGAUAGACAUAUGUCUGAGACAAUAUAUAUCAAUGUAUUGCGGGGCCCGGGGGUGUGGAGGGGGUGUGUCAAAAUAGGCAAUUUAACGUUACUAAUUGCUGGCAGCGUGACACUGAAGUGUUUUAGUGUGUCUGAUAGACAUUCUUUACGUACCGUGUGCAGAUUUCCCGAAACUACGACCUAAUUAUUACGACCUCAUAACAUGAAGCAGUCACUUCGACCUUAUUACUACAACCUAACUCUACAACCAGAUUCUACGAACUAGUUACUACAACCUUAUUACUACAACCUAAUUCUACAACCAGAUUCUACGAACUAGUUACUACGGCUUCAUAACUACGAACUUAUAACUACGGCCAAAUUACCACGACCUAAUUACCACGACCUAAUUAUCACGACCUAAUGACAACGACCUAAUGACAACGACCUAAUGACAACGACCUAAUUACCACGACCUAAUGACAACGACCUAAUUACCACGACCUAAUGACAACGACCUAAUUACCACGACCUAAUGACAACGACCUCAUAACUACGACCUCAUAACUACGAAGUAAUAACUACGACCUAAUUUCUACGACUCAAUUACUACGACUUAAUUAUUUGAUACAUCAAGGAUCCUGCUAGAUCAAUGUUUUACAACAAUUAAUUUGUAUUUCUUGAUUGGUUUUUUUAGGAGUUUUUUUUUCUUCAACUUAAUUCCAAUUUUUUCAAAUAAACAUUAUGCUGUUAAAAUUUACGAAAUUAGCCUAGUGAAUUAAAAACUGAAUUAUAUUUUUUUUUUUUGCUUUAAAGAAAAAAUAGCAUAUUUUUGUAGAAAAUACUUUCUGGUAUUUGGAUAGCAAUUUAUUUGUUUGGUUCUGUUUUGAUCUUUAUUUGGGGAUUUGUGUGUGGACGAUCUUGGGGUUGACAGAAACUGUUGAAAUUAAAAUGAUAAAACCCCAAAUUUUUGUAGUGAACAUGUUGAAUUGGGUUGGGG